CUGACACACACACACACACACUCACACUCACACUGAAGACUAGCAGGCGAAUAGAGACUAGUUAGCUAGUCAGGUGCUAACUCAGCCAAGUGGUAGCAUUGUACCUUCCUCCUCUGGGCACAGUAACAAUGGUGCUAAUGUUAGACGCUAACCUGAAGUUAAACAAGUAGCAGGUCGUCGUUCGGGUUGUUUGAAAUAAGCUAACCGAGGUGUUGCUAACGCGGAAGGCGUCCCCACACAGAGUAAUCAAUGGUUAGCUUAACGGACUGCACAGUCUGCUCAUUGUGAAGAGACAUUUCCCCCUGAGCCGAGGACAGGAUGUCUAAACGUCUGAGAAACACUGAGCUCUGCGCUGACUGUAAUGUCCCAGAACCUCGUUGGGCCUCCGUGAACAGGGGCGUGUUGGUUUGUGAUGAGUGCUGCAGUGUUCACCGGAGUCUGGGAAGACAUAGCUCCCAAGUCCGCCACCUGACGCACACACCGUGGCCUCCUACACAGCUUCAGAUGGUUCAGACAUUAUACAGCAACGGUUCCAAUUCAAUAUGGGAGCACUCCCUCCUGGACCCUGCAUCUGUGAUGAGCGGAAAACGCAAGGCCAACCCUCAGGACAAACUGCACCCAAACAAAUCAGAAUUUAUAAGAGCCAAAUAUCAAAUGCUGGCAUUCGUCCAUCGCAUGCCUUGCCGAGAGGACGACAGCUUGACAGCCAAGGAUCUAAGUAAGCAACUUCACUCCAGUGUACGCACCGGGAAUCUGGAGACUUGUUUGAGGUUGCUAUCCCUCGGAGCACAAGCAAAUUUUUUUCACCCCGAAAAGGGAAACACUCCCUUGCAUGUAGCAGCGAAGGCAGGGCAAGUAUCUCAGGCUGAACUGUUAACUGUUUAUGGGGCAGAUCCUGGAGCCCCUGACAGCAAUGGCAAAACUCCCAUCGACUAUGCAAGGGAAGCUGGCCAACAUGACCUGGCAGACAGACUGGUGGAGAUUCAGUAUGAACUAACUGAUCGACUGGCAUUCUACUUGUGUGGGAGGAAACCAGAUCAUAAAAACAGCCAGCACUUCAUUGUUCCACAAAUGGCCGACAGGAACAUCAGUUUAGACUUAUCAGAAUUGGCCAAAGCAGCAAAGAAGAAACUACAGUCUCUCAGUAAUCAUUUAUUCGAGGAGCUGGCCAUGGACGUGUAUGAUGAGGUGGACCGACGAGAGACAGAUGCAGUGUGGUUGGCCACACAGAAUCACAGCACACUGGUGACGGAAACAACCGUGGUGCCUUUCCUGCCUGUGAAUCCAGAGUACUCAUCAACACGAAACCAGGGACGACAGAAACUUGCAAGAUUUAAUGCACAUGAAUUUGCAACGCUGGUGAUCGACAUACUAAGUGAUGCUAAGCGCAGACAACAAGGGAACUCAGUGGCCAGUCCCAAAGACAAUAUUGAACUCAUCCUGAAGAGUGUGGCUGUCAGACACUGUAGUGACAGCCAGGAGGACCAGCCUGACUAUGAUAGUGUGGCGUCUGACGAGGAUACAGAUCAAGAGCUCCCCUCGAGCAAAGGAGACAGGACCAAGAGUCUGGACUCUGACCUCUCAGACAGCCCCAUUACUAUGCACGAAUACUUGGAGGUGAAACACGCGCUCUCUGCCUCUGAAGCCAAGAUUCAGCAGCUCAUGAAAGCCAAUAACAACCUGAGCGAUGAGCUGAGGCUGAUGCAGAAAAAGCUUCAAUCUCUGCAAAGCGACAACACGUCUCUCAGGCGGCAGGUCACACCCAAUAUCUAUCAGAUCCCCAGCGGUUCAGACUACCCUGACCCUUCCAGUCCCUCAGCCCUGAAACGCCGGCAGUCUGCACGGGCCAGUCGGCCCAUGUCUAUGUAUGAGACCGGCUCAGGCCUGAAGCCCUAUCUCCCUAAAGGGGAAACUUCCUACCCUGAGGAGGGUAUCCCCACCCUGCAACCCUUCCCACCUCAUGUAAGUAAGAAUACGGAAAGGGGCGCUUUUGUGACCACCUCUUCAUCCCUCCCUUCAUUUCCAUCAACCAUGUCAUGGUCGAAGGACGAAAGUGUUCAAAAGGCCUCAAAGUUCGAGAAGCAAAGCAGCAUGCCGGAAAGUGACUAUGACAACACGUUCUACGACUCUGAGUUGGAAGAUUCAGGUUUGAGCAGGCGAGGGAGGCUGAGGAGCAGUGGCUGGCUGGGGGAGGGCAGCUCCAUCCCUGAGCUGGACAGUCUGGAGAUGGAGUCAGACCCCACGCUGCCCAGCACGGAGGACGUCAUCCGCAAAACUGAGCAGAUCACCAAGAACAUCCAGGAGCUGCUGCGAGCUGCUCAGGAGAACAAACACGACAGACCAUCUGAGCGUGAAGGUGUGCGUCGGCUCAGGCACAGUCUGGGAUGUUUCAGCACUCUGGUACCCUGGGCUGACAAGGCCCCCCCUCCCCUGCAGCCGCUCAGCCUCCGGUCCCCUGACCCCACCUCCUGCUUCGUACCCUGUUCAGAAAGAAUACAUGUGGCUGUAACAGAAAUGGCUGCCCUCUUUCCCAAGAGGCCGCGCUCGGACACCGUGAGAAGCUCCCUGCGCUUGUUGACAUCCAGCGCGUACCGGCUCCAGAGUGAGUGCAGGAAGGCCGCCCCGUCGGAGGGCUGCCCCGGGCCGGACAUGCAGCUGGUCACUCAGCAGGUCAUCCAAUGUGCUUAUGACAUCGCCAAGGCUGCCAAGCAGCUAGUCACCAUCACCACAAAGGAGAACACCAACUAACAGCACUUACAAGGCUGCAAAGCCCUUUAGCAUCUCAGUUCUUUUGUUAUAUUUUUUAAAAUAAUUUUGUGGAUUUUUGUUUUUGUGGUAUAUGCAUGCCUUUGUUUGUUUUUUAACUUAUGAAUAGGUAUUGACAUUAUUUAAAGCCAGCUCCGAGUUUCAAGGGAAAAAGUCAGCAGCUGUUUUUAGGGAUAUUCAGCUGUUAUAAUAGCACAAUUUCUCUUGAGGUAAAGAUGACAUGCAGCAGGCCAGGGAAAUAUAGAGGCUUCUAGAUUUCUCCCUAAAACUUGCUCUAACUUACAAAUAGACUUCAAGCACACUACAGUAAACUUAUAUGGUGAUACAGGUAUAUGUUAUCAGUCUAAAGAAAGGCACAGAUGCUAAAAAACCAGGAAUGUCAUUGAAUGCUUGCAAACACUCAUACUGUAAAGUUGAAUCUUCAGAAACAAACAGAUUAAUUAGGUAACUUUCAUUAAAUAUUGGGAACUUCAUUACUUCACACUUUGUAGCUCUGCAAUGCUAAUGUUCGUUACAUCAAAAAAAGCCAUUUAUACAUUUUGUCCCAGUGUAAUCCAGUCUGCAGUGCACUUAUGUACACAGUAUGUUGAUUUGCCAUGUCAGUUGGGGGGGGCAGGUUGUGACCCGGAUGUUGUAAUGAUUUGGUGUGUUUCUAACAGGCUAUAGACUGCACUGUAUUCUGGGGUCCCAUGUGCCAUUGCAGUGUUGGUGAUGUUACAGCAUAUGUAGAGCUAAGAGCCAUACUGAACUAAGUCCAUGUGUUUUGUGCUCUGUUCCGUUGCUGCUAGUUUUUGUAUUUAUGUGCAACAUGUGGGAUAGAGCUGUAGACACCUCCCCUAUUAAUGUGCUUCCCAGCAUUCAUCCCCACCAAGUGUUUCAUCGUUUUUUGAAAUCUGAUCAAGGUAAUGUCAUUGAAUGCAGCUCCAAAGUUGGACUUUGGAAAAAUAACUAUUUUCUAAAUAAACUUAAUUUAUAACUACAGCCUGUUGUAGUUGGAGAUUUUAUCAUUUUUUGAUUCCUUGACACAAACACGGGACUGAUUUGGUUGGAACAUUUUUAGUUUUAUUUAUCAAAAGUCUAAAAAAUUCAGAAUACAAAAUAUGUGUUCCUUACAGAGCUCUGAAAUUGCAAAUAAAACCACUUCUUCUCUACAGAUGCAAACAACCAGCCCUGGAUUUUUAACAUCAAGAUGAACGAAUGGCCUCACAAUCCAGUUUCACUUCUUAAAAAGACAUGGACAAGGAGAGAUUCACUUUUUUAAACAAACAUGUCCAUGUGUUUAUUAAUUACAUUACAUUUACGGAUUGAUAAAGUUGUUCAUCCAUUCUGGUGCUAAGCUUAUAUGGAAACAAUAGGUGUGAACACAUGCCAAUGGUUGUCUCUGUAUGUUGGUCCUGUGAUUCGCUGGUGAGCUGUUGAGGGUGUACCCCACCUCUCUCCCAAUGUCAGCUGGGAUUAGCUCUAUCUUCUCCAUACUGAAGAAGACAUCCCUUCACAAGGUGUAAUGUGGGACAAGAUUUAUGGUCUUGUCCAAUGUGUCCAUAAAUGUAUUUAAAAGAGUAACCAACAAUAAUAUGGAGCUUCAGAAAAAUACAUUUUUUUAGUAUGAAAUUAUCUCUCUUUCUUCCACAGUGGCUCAGUAAGAAAACUGUUUUUUGGAAAAGCAAAAAGAUGGACUUUUCACCAAAAGAAAAAAUUGCCACUUGAUUGGAUUCAUUCCGGAGUGUAUUUUUACAUUGAAAGAGGAAUGUGAAUGUUGUCCUCAUCUGUUAUACUGAAAUCAUGUUGGGAAGGGGUCUCUUACGAGCCAGUAUGGACCAGGGUUAUUAUAGUUAACGAAAACUAAGACUAAAACUUAAACUAGCAAUGAAAAAAUUAUUUAGUUAACUGAAAUAAAAAUAAAAACGAAAAAUACAAAAGAAACUAAAACUAAAUAAAAACUACAAUGAACAAUGCAAAACUAACUUAAACUAAAUUGAAUUGCAGAUAAAAUCAGCUUCAUUUUCGUUGUCGUUUCGUUUUCUCCCUCGAUUACUGCCUGUCCUGCAGGUGAUGGUUCAAGAAUGAAAUUAAAGGACUUGAUAAACC